AUGGGGGAAGAAUCAUCAGUGAAGUUAAUUGGAGCUUGGUUUAGUCCUUUCAGUUUCAGCAUCAUUUGUGGUUUAGAAUUAAAAGGUAUCAAAUAUGAUUACAUAGAGGAAGACCUGGUGAGCAAGAGUGAAAUGCUAUUGAAGUAUAACCCAAUUUAUAAAAAGAUACCGGUUUUUGUUCAUUGCGGAAAGCCAACGUUAGAGUCCAUGGUUAUCCUCGAAUACAUCGAAGAAAUGUUGCCGGACAACUAUCCAUUACUACCGAAAGAUCCAUACCAAAAAUCUAUUGCUAGAUUUUGGAUCAAAUUCAUUGAAGAAAAGAGAGUGAGCUUUGCAACUUUUUUCAAAACAUCCGGGGAGGAACAUGAGAAGACGAAAGGAGAAAUAUCAGAAAUAUUGAAAACCAUUGAAGAACAAAGUGGAAUUGGAGAUGCUAAUAAGAUGUUUUUUGGUGGUGAUAGCAUUAAUGCAGUUGACUUGGCGUUUGCAUCUAUAGCUUACUGGUUUGGAGCUAUGGAAGAGUCCAUGGACUAUAACGUUGUGAAAAUGCCCCAGACGUUAGGUAAAAGAUCAAAAUGCCCCAAUCCGUUACUUUUGCCUAUAAUAGUCAAAAUGGGGCAUUUUGAUCACUCUUGA